AUGGCUCUCCUCGUGAAUGCUGGGCUGGUCAGUGCGGACAUCAAGCCCUACAUCUCGACCCAGGCAGACUAUAACACCGAGUGCAAAACGUGCCCUCGCUCUCUUUGCCCAAAUCAACUGUACUACGCAGGGGAAGAGGCUUUCAACGUAACAUGCUGGACACGCGGAACAAAAAUUAUGGGAGAUACGUUGUGGUUAAAGAGCGAGGCAGGAUGUUAUGUCACGCAGUACGAUGUACUCGAGUACCCAGGAGACUACACUACCAAUCUGGAUUACUGCGGCCCCGAAUCCGAAGAACAAGAUCUCACAGUCGAAGACGCAACGCUGAAAUACAAAACGGAAUGCAGAAUAUGCCCAGAGAUAAGCUGCGACACUGUCGCAUACCUGAAGGAGAACACAGAUGUGGAGUUGACAUGCUGGUAUCCGGAGGGCCAAGUCAUCAUCGACGAUCCAUACUGGUUGAAGACAACGAACAACUGCUACGUCGCCCAAAAAAAUCUCUACUCCAAACCGGACAUCACCUACCUCGACCCCUGCGGCCCCAUUCCAUUUCUCGAAAUCGAGCUCCACCAUAACGCAAACGGCACCUCCGACGUGAACAAACGCGCGCCUGCUCCCGUGCCCGCAACGCUUGGAACGCAAUACCUCAUCAACGUCACCGUCGGCGAAGAAUAUGCAUACUGCCGCUCCUGCCCAAAAGAGUCCUGCAGCUCAAAGAAGCGCUAUGAGUUCAACCAAGAAAUCUGGUUGCAGUGUUUGACCCUUUCGAAUGACACCUGGUGGAGCGAGACGACGGAUUUCUGCUAUGUGAAGGAUUCCGACUUGUGGCAAAGCCCGAGUGGUGAUUAUUAUAACAAUCCACUCUGCGAGAAGUUCGAGGGCGGGGCGCCGGAUCCCGACGAAGAUGGAAGAAGGAGGUAG